UCUUCCUCACCACUGAUACAAAUUCCCUCCCCCACGCCCACCCCACCCCACCCCACCCCAAAAUCCUCCAUUUUUUCAUCUCAAACAACCAGAAAAUCACCAUGUGAGUGAACUCACCAUGCAAGAAACUCUCCAUUUUUCAUCUUCUUCCUCUUUUUCACUUCCUAAAUCCUCCAUUUCUCCUCCCAAAUCCUUCAAAUCCUCCACUAUUUCAUACCCUCAACACCCAAAACCACCCACCCUUAUCUCCACUACCCCACCCACACCCACACCCCAAAACUUCCAUCUUCAAGAAAAGCUUCUUUUUUUGGAUUCACUUGGUGUAGACUCUUUACAUUGCCUUUCUUCACAACCCCUUAUUGUCUCUUCCUCUUUAUCUGACCUCAAAUCGGUUAUUGACUUCCUUUACUCUGUUAAUCUCACCAUACUUGAUGUUCGGAGAGUUUUACACAUGUGCCCAGAUAUUUUAACCGCCGGAAUUUCAACCACCCUCCGUCCCGCCGUCACUUUUUUACUCCGGGAAGCUCUUGUCACCGGAGAAAAACUUCCGGGUGUUCUCCGUAGACGACCCCGGCUACUCACAAAGUGUGUAGAAAAGAAUCUCCGACCGACCCUUUACUUCUUACAGAGUACUAUUGGUAUUGAAGAUGUUUCGAAAUGUGCGACUUUGCUAUCUUGUUCAGUGGAGACUAAGUUUAUGCCUCGAUUGGAUUACUUACAGAGAAUUGGGUUUUCGAGGAGAGAUGCAAAGGUGAUGUUUAGGAGGUUUCCUUCAUUGUUUUGUUACAGUAUAGAGGAGAAUUUGGAGCCGAAAUUCGAUUACUUUGUGGUGGAAAUGGGAAGGGAGUUGAAGGAAUUGAUUGUGUUUCCUCAGUAUUUCUCGUUUAGUUUAGAGAAUAGGAUAAAGCCAAGGCACAAGAUGUGUGUUGAGAAAGGUGUGUGCUUGUCAUUGCCUGUGAUGUUGAAGUCCCACGAAUCGCGAUUUCGUGAUAGGUUGGAAGUUUGUUGUAGCUCGUCUAUGCCGGUUGCUGAAUGUGGAGUCCAGACUAUACUGUUGAGUCGAGUUUAUUGACUAUGUGGUAAGCAAAAGGGGGCGAUUUUGUGUAUGGCUGAUGGCAUUCCAGUUUGGUUAAAUUUGCUUGUUUGUGGUGUUUCUGCUUGCUAAUAAUAUGCAGCAGUGUGUGUACUUCACUAUCCGUCUGCGAGUAUUCAUUUGGAUAUUUGAUGCCAUUGUACAUGUAAAAACUAGAUUUUUUUGAAUGCGUUGAAGUUGCGGUACC